AUGAGACACGAGUUGUGGGUGCGCAACGACGACGUCAUCCUGAGAGGAGCCCAACAAGUUGUUGUGCCCGUUCAGCUCCGCCGCAGAUACCUGGAGCUGGCGCACAGCGCGCACGACGGAAUCGUCCGCACGAAACAGGCGCUGCGGAAUCUGGCGUGGUGGCCCGGCAUCAACCGUGAGGUGGAGGAGCUGUGCCGAAGUUGCGAGCGCUGCCAGCACAGCGACGCAGUCCUCUCCCAGCGCGCACGCCCUGCGCCCAUGCAGCCAGUCGACCUGCCGGACCGCGCCUGGUCGAAACUGGGAAUGGAUAUCGUUGGUCCAAUCAACGGAGCACCAGCGACUGCCCGUUACGCCAUCACUCUGAUUGACUACAGAAGCAAAGGGGCGGAAGUCUGCCUGACGUCAUCGACUGAGACUGAAGACGUCAUCAAGUUCUUGUCAACUGUGUGGGCCAAAGAGGGCUAUCCUGACGAGAUCGUGACGGACAAUGGGCCCCAGUUCACGAGCAGGGAGUUCACUGCGUAUCUGGCCGCCCGAGGGGUGAAGCACACCAAAUCGUCCGUCUACUGGCCUAGAGGCAACUCCGCCGUAGAGCGCUUCAACAAAACGUUCAAGUCGUGGAUCACAGAGUGUCCACCAGCAGCGUUCAUUGACGAGGUACGCAAGAGCCUGGCGGUGUAUCGAGCCACCCCACACACGACAACUGGGAAGUCACCGUCAGAGCUCCUGCAUGGACGACAGAUGAGGCUGAACCUGCCUGUCAUUCAGCCGUCAACACCAGGAGCCGACAGUGUGGCGUCUCGAGUUCGACGCCGACAGCAGUCCAACAAGAGGUCCUACGACCGCCGCCGUAACGUGACGACGCCGCGCAUCACUGAGGGUGACUACGUCUGCGUGAGACGGCAGGGACACCGCUCGAAGACGUCCUGUCGGUUCACGUCUCCGGUGCGAGUCACUGGGCGCGUCGGUCCCGCAACGUACCGUCUGGCUGACUGCCGGGCCUGGAACGCCGCCCAUCUGGCCCGUCUCCCAUACGCGCCGGCGUCUCCCUCAGCAUCUCCCCCCGCUGGGCCCGGCGAGACCACGUCGACCGCCACGACUUCCGAGGCCGACGCCGCUGGCCCUCUGACCUCGCUCGCCGCUGCUUCUCGCCCGUCGACCGAGACAGCUUGCGAGCCGUCGCCGGACGCCGCCGAUGUGAGCGUGCAGCGUCCCAGGCGAAGCGACCGUGCCUGUAGACGACCGGACUACUACGUGUCGCAGUGA